AUGUCCAUCAAUCUUUGUGAUUACUGUGCCAAGGUGCGGGAUAUUGCUUUGAACAUCACUCAAAUAAGAACAUGGACGGCAUUCCACGACCCGGAGAAGGAGAUGUCGACAUUGAUUAUGACCGGCGUGGUGGGGGCUACCCUACUCUUCCGGUAUGCAGUCAAGAGCUGGGUCCGCUUUGCCUUGCCCCAGGUCUCAGCUCCAGGGCGAAUCUGGGGCUACGAAGACCUAUUCUUUCUUGCUGCAUACGUGCUUGACCUUGGGCACAUGACUAUGAUUCAGAUGAGCUCCGAGUGGGGGUUGGGGAGACAUUUCUACUACCUGACAGGAGAAGAACGAUUCAUGGCUAUGCAAUAUGACUUUUAUUCGCAACCACUGGCUGUUGCUGCAGCCAUGGUAUCUCGAACGGGAAUGAUGUGGUUCCUCUUGACGUGCUUUGCGGCAAGCGACAAGAAGAUUCGCAUCUCGAUCAUUGUUUGUGCUGUUAUACAGAUUGUCGUCAACAUGGUGACGAUCGUGCAAAUCAUCGUCCAAUGCGGACCUAGUUCACAUAUUGCGGCCAACCGUGUACUUUACUUCAAGUAUAUGUGGACUCCCUUGCCGAGUGACGGAUCUGUUGUCUGUCAAUCACCAGAUGUCCAGACGACUGUGGGCUUUGUUCAAGGAGGCUUCAAUACGGUCAUCGAUUGGAUACUGGCAGUAAUCGCUGGUGUUGAACUGUGGCAGUUCUUCCUCAGGACGUUGCACCGAGAGAAUCUCUCCGUUUGGUCACAAUUCAAAAAAAUCAAUAGCACUGUCCGAUCCCGUCGAAUCUGGCAAACUUUGACAUUAUGUGGGCCACUAAUUCUUUCGGGCGCCGCCUCAAUUGUCAAGACAUAUAAACUGAAGUCCUUGGGUGACCGACUGGACUUUACUUACAAUAUUGUGUCAUUUAUUCUUUGGGUUAAGAUCGAAAAUUACAGCAUUCUCCUCGCUUCUUGCGCUCCAGUUGCCCGACUCUUUCUUCGAACCGUUGUCGAUGCCCGACAAGAGGGCCAAUUAGGGUACUGGUCAAAAUCAAAUUCACGAAGCAAGAGCGCCAAGAAUGAGGUCGAACUCAAAGACAGACACAGUCCUGACAACAUCGGCUGGAUGGACUCGUCUACCGCCACAGCAACCGCAACGACACCAUGGCAUGAUGAGGAGCAACCACCUAGUACAUGGGUAGUGAAUCCAGACAAAUCCGGUCAUCGCCUCUCAAGGGGACUCCAAGGCUUUGAACAUGAAGUUGAAGAUGUUGAAAGCGGGGGCGUGACGGUUCACACAGAUAUUGUGGUGCAUGUCGACAAGCGCUGGUCAUCUUGCAGUGGGGAUGCGAGACUCUUACCAGAGGGAGGAGAAGUUGUUGCAGGGAGGCCACAAUCGAGUCUGCGUCAUUCGAAAGGAUGA